UGCCCCGUCAGUGUGCCGCCGCCGCCGCACGCCCGUCACGUGAUCCGCCCCGCUGAAUCGGCUGCGCUUUUCUGUCGCAAGAGGUGCAGAGGUCCUCCUGCGGCUACAAUGAGGCUGUGAUUAUGAAAAAGAGAAAAAGGGGGAGAAGAAAAUCUCCAUGGGAGGAGUCUGCCGUGACGCGUCUCAAUUCAGCCUGCAGCAGAAAAAUCUUCAGUGUGCACAGUGGUCUCCAGAUGAGCCGAGCCGCUUCUUCUUCUUCUUCAUCUGCGGCGCCCUUGUCCUUUCUGUUCGCUCUAAAAUAAUGCAUGCAGAAUGGAGGGGGACAUAGCACGGGCUCUGCCGCAAGCUCGCUCGUUCCGUGGGUGAAUCGCCACUUCGCCCAGGAAGCUGGUGCCCGCAGCCCGCUGGAGCCCUGCGAGGAGGUGCCCUCGUUUUCCGUAGUGGACUUUCUCGGCUGUCACCUUUUCCAUUUCUCUGAAGCAGGUGACUCUCUCCAGCCCCGGCUGACCAAAGACACACUUCUGGCCUUCUUGCUCUUCUUCGGCUUUUCUCGUCUUGAAUGUCGAACCUGCCCCUUGUGCUGCCAAUCCCAGGGCGCCUUUCAUAAAGGCAAAGAAAAAAAAAAGGGGGAAGAAGGAAAAGGAGGUCGCCUCGAUAGCGCCGCUCGUUCCUGAAGGGAAGGCAGGAGAUCGAACUGUUCUCCCGCUUCGACUGCCCCUCGGAUCUCCGGACCCUCCUUCGGCACUUCGCGAAAUACCCCGCAGACUCCCCGGCAACAUGUCUUCGCAGGCCAAAUUCAAAAAGGACAAGGAGAUCAUCACCGACUACGAGACGCAAGUGAAAGAAAUUCGUAUCCAGCUGGUGGAGCAGUUCAAAUGCCUUGAGCAGCAGUCGGAAUCUCGGAUCCAGCUGCUGCAGGACCUCCAGGAGUUCUUCCGCAGGAAGGCUGAGAUUGAGCUGGAAUAUGCCAGGAGUCUGGAGAAGUUGUCAGAGAGGUUCUCUUCCAAGAUCCGCAGCUCCAGAGAACACCAGCAGUUUAAGAAAGACCAACACCUCCUGUCUCCAGUGAACUGCUGGUACCUGAUUUUGAACCAGACGCGGCGAGAGAGCCGGGACCACGCCACGCUCAAUGACAUCUACGUGAACAACGUGACGGUGCGGCUGUCACAGAUCAGCGAGGACAUCAUCAGGCUCUUCAAGAAGAGCAAAGAAAUUGGACUGCAGAUGCACGAGGAGCUGCAGAAGGUCACCAACGAGCUCUACACGGUGAUGAAGACGUAUCACAUGUACCACACGGAGAGCAUCAGCGCCGAGAGCAAACUGAAGGAGGCCGAAAAGCAAGAAGAGAAGCAGUUCAGCAAAUCGGACCUCAACGUGAACCUGCUGAGGCACGAAGAGCGGCCACAGCGACGCAGCACUGUCAAGAAGAUCGAGAAGAUGAAGGAGAAGAGACAAGCCAAGUAUUCAGAAAACAAGCUGAAGUGCACCAAAGCGAGAAAUGACUACCUGCUGAACCUCGCGGCGACGAACGCAGUUGUGGCCAAAUACUACAUCCACGACGUCUCCGACAUGAUUGACUGCUUUGAUCUGGGGUACCAUGCCAGCCUUGCCAGGACAUUUAGGACUUACUUGUCAGCAGAGUACAAUUUGGAGACCUCGCGGCACGAGGGCCUGGACAUCAUCGAGAAUGCUGUGGACAAUUUGGACGCUCGCAGUGACAAACACAAGAUCAUGGACAUGCACAAUCAGGUCUUCUGUCCACCUAUGAGGUUUGAGUAUCAGCCUCAUAUGGGAGAUGAGGUGUGCCAGGUGAGUGCCCAGCAGCCAGUUCAGACUGAACUUCUCAUGAGAUACCAUCAGCUGCAGUCCCGACUGGCCACCCUGAAGAUAGAGAACGAGGAGGUGCGGAAAACCCUGGAUGCCACGAUGCAGACGCUACAGGACAUGCUGACCGUGGAAGACUUUGAUGUCUCAGACGCCUUCCAGCACAGCCGCUCCACCGAAUCGGUCAAGUCUGCUGCGUCAGAGACGUACAUGAGCAAGCUGAACAUCGCCAAGAGGAGGGCCAACCAGCAGGAAACGGAGAUGUUCUACUUCACAAAAUUUAAAGAGUUCCUCAAUGGCAGUAACCUCAUCACCAAACUGCAGGCUAAGCACGACCUGCUGAAGCAGGCCCUAGGAGAAGGAGAAAGAGCAGAAUGUGGAACGACAAGGCCUCCUACUCUUCCUCCUAAGCCACAGAAAAUGAGGAAGCCUAGGCCUCGAUCGGUCUAUAAUCAUAAACUGUUUAACGGCAAUAUGGAAACCUUCAUCAAGGACUCUGGACAAGCCAUACCUCUUGUGGUGGAAAGCUGCAUCAGAUACAUCAACUUGUAUGGUCUUCAACAGCAGGGCAUUUUCAGAGUUCCAGGGUCUCAAGUCGAAGUCAACGACAUUAAAAACUCAUUUGAGAGAGGUGAAGACCCGCUGGCCGAUGACCAGAGUGACCAUGACAUUAAUUCUGUGGCUGGGGUCUUGAAGCUUUACUUCAGGGGACUAGAAAAUCCACUUUUUCCUAAGGAGAAGUUCCUGGAUUUCAUUUCCACCAUCAAGCUUGAAUCGCCCGCCGAGCGAGUGCACCACGUCCAGCAGAUGAUCGUCACUCUUCCUCGAAGUGUCAUCAUCGUGAUGCGCUAUCUCUUCGCCUUCCUCAACCAUUUAUCACAGUACAGUGAUGAAAAUAUGAUGGAUCCUUACAACCUGGCUAUUUGCUUUGGCCCCACAUUGAUGCCAAUACCGGAUGGCCAGGACCCUGUAGCCUGCCAGGCUCACGUCAACGAGGUCAUAAAGACGAUCAUCGUCCAUCAUGAGACUAUUUUCCCCAGCCACCGAGUGCUAGACGGGCCCGUGUACGAGAAGUGCAUGACCGGAGGAGAGGAAUACUGUGACAGUCCUCAUAGUGAACCUGGCACAAUCGAUGAAGUGGACCAUGACAAUGGGACGGAGCCGCACACCAGUGAUGACGAGGUGGAGCAGAUAGAAGCGAUUGCCAAGUUUGAUUACAUCGGACGGUCACCCCGGGAGCUCUCCUUCAAGAAGGGAGCGUCACUGCUGCUCUACCACCGAGCCUCUGAAGACUGGUGGGAAGGACGUCACAAUGGCGUCGACGGGCUGAUUCCUCAUCAGUACAUCGUGGUGCAGGACAUGGACGACGCCUUCUCCGACAGCCUGAGCCAGAAGGCAGACAGCGAGGCGAGCAGCGGCCCUCUCCUGGACGACAAGGCCUCGUCAAAGAAUGACAUCCAGUCACCCUGCGAGCACCUGGCGGAGUACAGCUUCAGUGGUGUCAUGGGCAGGGUCCGCUUGCGGUCAGACGGGGCUGCCAUUCCACGUCGUAGAAGUGGCGCAGACAACAACAGCCCACCAAGAGGGACCGCGCCAGCCCUGGACACGCCUCCGAGAGCAGCAGCCUGUCCCAGUAGCCCUCACAAAAUGUCUGUGAACCGAGGCAGAAUGGACAGCCCGGAAAAGCGCAGGAUGGCAACGUUUGGCAGUGCCGGCAGCAUCAACUAUUCGGAAAGGAGACCCCUGGCAGAUGGCCACCCGCUGAGGCAGACCCCCGGCUCCACCAGACACAGUAGCCUGGGGGACCACAAAUCGCUGGAGGCCGAAGCCCUGGCAGAGGACAUUGAGAAGACGAUGAGCACCGCGCUGAAUGAGUUACGUGAACUGGAGAGACAGAACACCGUGAAGCAGGCUCCCGAUGUCGUGUUGGACACCCUGGAACCCCUGAAGAUCCCUGGCAUGGGCUCCGUGAACUCGGAGCCGGCAAGCCCCCUGCACACCAUCAUGAUUCGGGAUCCGGACGCGGCCAUGAGGCGAAGUGCCAGCUCCACCACAGAGAUGAUGACCACCUUCAAGCCCGCCCUGUCAGCCCGAAUGGCGGGUGCCCAGCUGAGGCCCCCUCCCAUGAGACCCGCCCGGCCGGUGGUCCAGCACCGCUCCAGCAGCAGCAGCAGCUCUGGGAUGGGCAGCCCAGCUGUGACCCCUACGGAAAAAAUCUUUCCAAACAGCUCAUCGGAUAAGUCUGGCACAAUGUGAUGGGUGGGCAAAAGACGGUGAGAGCAAUCCUGAGAGGGAUCACAGUGGGCCGUGGGAUGGAACCUGGGUGCUUGUCUGAAGAGGCUGAGUGAUGCACCCUGGCACUAACAUGAGCAAACUCUUUCUUCUGUGCUCCAAAAACAAAAAUAAAUAAAUACAUGCUUGAGUGGAAACACCGCCUCCAUGCCAGUCUACUUGUAGUCUGGUGGUCUGGCUCGGGGUCCAUUCACGCAAACUGAACUCCUACUGCGCCCUUUGUCUUCAGAUCUGAGCUGGACUGACUGGGAGUUGGAGCGCUAAUCCAAAAUGUGCAAACAGACGCUCAGUCGGCGGUCCGUCCUGCCCCACUGGACAAACGGGGACGUGAGGAUGGAGGGAGGAAGACAAGCAGGCAGACGCCGUCCACAGGACCGCACGCCACUGGAGAGACCACUUGGGGUCGGCAGCAUGACACGCAGACUCUGCUUUCUAAUGGAACAAAGGGGACAGGCACGCGUACACGCUGUCUCGCUCCACCUGUGUGUGUGUGUGUGUGUGUGUGUGUGGCAAAGCGAGGAGCUCUGCGCUGUGUAGACUGUAUAUGUGCCCUGUAUGGACUCGUACCGUGUGUGCGCGUGUGUAAUGGAGAUCUCAAUGAAUACACAGCAGCUACAGAACACACACACACAGCAGCAGUCACAAAUGGCGCGGCUUGUACCCAAAGGGUGACGUCGGGGCUGACGAGGGAAGCUGCGAUUUUGUGAAGACCUGCAGCAGCUCUCGAGGUGUCCCCCGGUGUCCCGUUGAAUGGACCCGGCGUGUGCGGUGCGUCUGUACGUAACGGAAUGGCGAGACUUUGCUAUGCGCUGAAUCCACGCACACCCCGCUAGAGCAUGUUUGUAUGUCCCGCUGUCACAUGUGUAUAUACAGUACAUGGAUGGAGAGACGGUAUGUUUAUUUAUUUAUUGUAAAGACAAGAAUGAGGAGUGACCAUGAGGGGCUGGGAACCCACCGGGUUUAAUACAAACAAAAUGAAGAGAAAGAAAAGUGGCAAAAUGACAAGCACAGAUGUCUCGUGUCCCCUGCCAGCUCUCACUGACUUUCUCAAAUGUCGCCUUCGGUCUCCAUCCAUGUAGCAGAACGUCGACUUCCAGUGCCAGCAUUCCUUAAACACCACCAGAGAGGACUCCUGGGUGAAACUGGAGGUGAAGUCCUUUGCUCAGUGAGCUAGAGAGAAGCUGGCACUGGGAGAGGCUCCAUAGACGCUCCCUAUGUGCCCACACGGUAGAGGACAGAGAGUUGGGGUCCUGACUGAACAAUCGGAGACAAAAUAAAUGAAGCCGGUGACAGUCACCACAUUGCCAUUGUUCUCUCAAUGAUGGCACUGAUCCUCUGAGUGCCAGUGGCAAUGCCAGGGCCAGAAGCGCUAUGACGGGAGUGGCAUGACACAUCCUCUGUGGGGGUCUUCUCCAGUCUAAGUGGUCUCAAGUGGCCCAUGUACAGUAUGUAUUCUAUUGUAUUCUAUUACAUACACACACAACUCGGGGAACACGUGCUGACACUGCGUGCUUGAACAGAAGCACACGCCGGGUGGGAAUGGCGAGAGCAGACCCCCCGGGCCAACUUGGAGUGCGCAUGUGGCAGCGCCGUGGUGUGCGAGUGUGCAGUAUGUCACUUGUGUGCGCCUGACUUUAAAGCACUUGGCCUUGUUCUGAUGCUGUUAUGUCACAAGCGUCCCCCAGUAGGCUGAUCUGUACACAGGGGGCUGCUUGUGCCUGUGGCUUUUAUUUCUUGAUGUAUGACUGGCAUAUGCCCACGCUGCUCUUUUCUUCUUUUUGCACUGGCUGACUGUUUCUUGCUUUUCUCUAAAGUGGCAUCAGGUUGCCCAGUUCCAGGAUGGCACUCUCUUUAAAGAACUCUGAAUGAGAUGUGGGACACCGCAGCUAACCUGACAAGCUUGAUGGGCCGGGCAUGGUGCCAUGCUCUUGUGUAGGGUGGCACCCACGCACUUCCCAGAGCAGCACCAGCUACUUCACCUUCCCUGGCAGGACCUGUUGGUUGUUUUAAUGGCAGACUGAAACGUCGAGUGGUGGGGUCUGCUUAUUAGCCUUGGCAGGCCAGAGAUGGCAGGCGAUUGGAAAGGUCAACUCGCACUUGAUGGCUUCUGUAAGGGAGGUCUACUCGCCCCACGGGUGUGCUUGGUGGUCUGGGAGGCGGGGUCAGAGGACACUAGCAGAAGGAGAUUCAAAGUGAAUUUAACGCCCUAUCAAGUCGGACAACUUGGAGACAACAAAGCCAGCGCAAUUCUCCAAGUUGUGACGUCGCGCUGACCUUUCACCUGUACGGUCAACUGCCUAAAAAGCGGCAGCUCGCUGGCCAUUGGGUGAGGUGGUGAACAUUCGCUGCGCUUUCAUGAAAAACGCGCAUUCCUCCAGGAAGUCCGACCAGACAUUCAGGUGGAUGCGCAGAAGUGGGAGGGUGGCAGCGGUGGCCGUGUGUUCACCAGAAUCCGUCCCCAGGUGUAGCUUUGAAGUUCUUCCCAGCCAUCCAGCUGUUUCCCAGGAUGAUGUUUUUAUUGAACUGGGGAGCUGAUUGAAUUUAUUGGGGUCUUAAACUGACACAGGUUACCAGUAGGCUGCCUGUUCAAACACCCCCAGAGUCCAUGUAGGGCCAGGAAGGCAGUGGUGGUCUUAGCUCGUGCUUGACACUGGGUUUGAAGAAGUGCCCACACCCGCCUGGCGAGUUAGGGUUAGGAAUAAGAUGACUAGUCGAUGAUGGAGGUCCGGCCCGACUGUACCUGCACACUGGUCCCAGUACACUCGGGGUGCUGGCUCAUUACCAGUCCAGACUUGCAGGAUUUCACUUGCUGCAUCCCCUCAUCAUUCGAAGGCCGUGUCACAUUAAAGGGCUGCAGUGGCUCCACUCUGACGAGGUGUCACGUGCUGAGGGUCCCUUUGGUAGCCAGUCGAUGUAAAGAACGGCGCCAUUAGAGCAGGAGCACCGCGGCACACCAACCACAGCCACUUCACAGCCGUUUAUAAGACCUGUCAGAGUGGACAGCUGGGCUGGCGAUCGAAGUGACUGGAGAGCCCACCCAGCCCUUCCGGUGGUAGGGGAUACAUGGGGGUGGUUGGGAUCUCAGAUGUCCUCUUUAAACACUUUUCUUGGGUGCAAUGGUGGCUGCGUGGAGACACUUCUGACAACCACAUUUGACCUUUUCUGAAGCCCCUCUUGCCCCCCUUUGCCAGCUGCCAGGUUAAGUGACAAUUCACCCCUGGCUUUUGCGUGCUGAAAUGUGUCCACGCUCACCACGGCAGGUCCUCGGCCACGCCUUGAACUCCAGACCCAGGCUGCAGUGAGGCCUAGCCCAAACUCUCCGAGCAGGCUGCCGGCCUGCACUCGCCUAACAAUAGUAGGACAAGGGGAGCCGUGAAAAACAAUCACCCGUCCUUUAAAUUGGAGAGUUGGGGUGCAAAGUAACCUCAGGAAACACAAACGACAACGAGGACCUCAAAUCCAAACGUCAAAGUCCUGAAAGUAGAAAGUGAGGACGCGGCCGGGGAGCUGAAAGUGGGACAGAACGACGAGCGGCCAUAUUGUGAAGAGCAAGGGGCGGGGCCACUCUGGCUUCACACCGUAAAUGUGCAGUCGAUACGAGGAGGAGAUGAAAAGGGGCACAUGUGACAAAACAAGCACGAGGACGCGCCAGUCGGGGUCUGCCCUCGUGGGGUCCACCAGGAGCAUGAGGCCCAGCCAGGAAGUCGGACGUGUCCGCCGCGACCACCAUGCCACUCGACUUAAACAACAAUACAAACGGAGAGUCGUUUGUCGUACUCCUUGACCACCCGCUGCCGUGGCACAGACAAUGUGUGGCGAUGCAGCAAAACGCUCAGCUAAUUAGACAGCACAGUCACAUGGGCCGAUUGGCACUCCUCGUCAAUGAAUGCUGCCAGUUACCGUCAAUCUGCGUGGCAUGGAGGUCACGUGAUGCUCGCGUAUAUAAGAUCCCAGCUUUGCAUCCUUGACGUUAUUUUUAAGGGGUUUCUGGGAGGACUUCGACCCUCGGACUUUGGCUUUGCCUCCCAUCAUCACAGUGGGCACAGGGUAGACAGCUGGUGGACAACGUGCCUGACGCAGCUGCACCUGCCCGCCGUUACUUCUUCGAUGCCAUCCUGUCCAUUGGCUGACUGCAUUGUGGUAUGCACAGGCGUAGCUGGUGGGCUUGUGGCUUUGAAGCCCCCACUGGAUUGACGUCCCUCACCUCCCUCUGACAUGAGAAGCGGCUGUGGUGUUGGUGGGCUGAGACAAAACCUGAAGCAUGAAGUAAGCGGCCCCCCGGUGUUGUGUCCCACCACAUUUCAGGCGUUGCCUGUUUUAGCGACGGGUGCAGAAGAAGCCCUUCACGUUUUAAUUUUAAACUGGGCAAAAAUGAGAAAGUGCGAGCCCCCGCAGCACAAGUGGGUGGGCAUUAAUGGACAGGACAGCCGACCCAAUCCAGCGGGCGCACACAUGGCAGUGGUAGCACAGGGGGCUCGUACCAUCGUGCUGCUUUGACGGGGCGGGUGACGGCGCUGUCUCCUCUCGGUCACUUUACAGGGCACAGCCUUCAGGUCAUGUACAGAUUCCUUUAAAUGACAUUUCUUUGUAUGUUACGCUCUAUUUUUUUAUGUAACUAAACUGCAAUAAGUUGCUUUUCUAGGCGAUAGAAGUUUUUAUUAAUAUUUGAUUUUUUUAAAGAUACAAAAUAUAAUUUGCCAUUUCUGAAAGUGCAUUGGGUCUCUUAAAUCAGUGUGUGUAAGGACAAGAGAGGUGACGAUGGGACAUCAGGAAGGGACACCCAGAAUGUGCUCAUCAAGGCCAUCGAGUCGUCCCCCCGUGGGCCUGCGCAUGGACCCCUGUGACACUGCGCUUGUGACUGUCCUUGUCUUAAAGCCACACAGGUGGCCACCCGUGACAUUGUGCUUGUGUUUGUAAGAAGGUCACAUGUCUGUCAUUUGAUUUAAAAAUGCCGCUGGCCCGUCCCUGCUGUCCUCUGUCUGUCUCCAUAAAGCUGCUACGUGAUGCC